CUCCCAUAUGCCACGGAGCUCCUUUAGAUGGCCAACAAAAUGUUAUUCCUGAAAAAUGCACAUUUGAGACAAUGCUUGUAAAAUUGGAAUUGAACUGAUCAUUUGUAAAAUUGGAAUUGAACUGAUCAUUUUUUGAUUUGGCUGACCUGAAUUUGAGUCGUAACUCAUUGGCUAGCUGGUGCCACAUCUGAGGCCAAGUACAGAUGAUCGAGGUGGUGGCCUCAAUGGCCCGAGGCCCGGUGUUCCUGGCCGGGGAGGUGAUGGAGUGUCUCAUCACCUUCACCAACCCCAUAUCCCAUCUCUCCACCUCCGCCAGCAGUGAGAUGCUGGCGUGGGCCAGUGCACAGAUCCACUGCCAGUUCCAUGCCAGUGAGAGCAGAGUGGCGCUGCCAGCCCAGGGCACCAAGCAGGAUGUCCAGGCAGAGAGCGACACUGUCCUCAUCCCCAGCAGAGGAGAAGGAGGGCAGUGCAUGUUGGACACACCUCCCAAGAUACUAUUCUGUGACCUGCGCCUAGACCCCGGAGAGAGCAGAACUUACUCAUACAGUGAGGUGGUUCCCAACGACGGGCCUCCUAGUUUUCGAGGCCAGUCAGUGAAGUAUGUUUACAAGCUGACCAUCGGCUGCCAGAGGGUCAGCUCUCCAAUCAAACUACUGAGGGUCCCCUUCAGAGUCCUCGUCCUGCAUGGCAUGCCGGAGCCCCCGUUCCCCCAGGAUGAGGAGGUGGCCCCCUCUAACCCCUUCCUGGAGGAGGAGGAGGGUGGGCGGAGAGACGAUCGCCCCCUGGAGAGAGCCCUGGACAUGCUGACGAUCACAUCACGCCGCUGUCCCCAUCUGUUCAACAUCACCAACAUGCGGGGGAAGGUGGCCAAGUUCUGCAUCUUCAAGACCGUCUACAGACUAGGGGAGGACAUCAUCGGCACCUUCGACUUCUCAGAAGGGGAUAUUCCCUGUAUACAGUACUCGGUCAGCCUGCAGAGUGAGGAGGAGAUCCAGCAGGGGUACCAGCGGCGUCCCGGUCAGUCGAUCAAUGUGACGGGUCACGGUCGUCACUUAGAAUCCUGCCUCCACACGGCUUCCACCCACUUCUCCCUCCCCGUCCCCCUCAACGUCACCCCCGGCUUCAGCACAGACAUCGUGACCCUGCGAUGGCGUCUGCACUUUGAGUUCGUCACGUCCCGAGAGCCUAUGGAAUCGCACAACGUGUUGCAAAACCAACCAGAAGUCACCGUGUGGACUGGGGCGGAGCAUGUUGAUGUGGAUACCUUCAGUUGGGACCUGCCAAUCAAAGUGCUCCCCACCAAUCCAGCCCUGACGUCUUACGUCUCCCAGUUUACAGGGACCAACAGCAUCAACAUUUAACUGUGUGUGAGGAAGGAAGAAUGUAUUCCAGAUAUAAAGCAGGCAACUUCUUUUGCCGUUUUUAAUAUUUUAACAUUUUGCAGUGCAUCCUAUAUUUUUCUUUGAAUGCUCACCUUCCUGUUUUUCUAGCUGAAACAUGAUGAUGACCAGUGUUUAAUGCUACUAUCUUUGGGGUCAUUCACAGUAUUUCAUUGUUUACCCCUUUAUUCAAAACCCCCCAAAAGAGUCCAUUGCUUUGUCACAUGAAUAGUGUGUUUUAUUUUCAAAGGCUAUAUGCUGUACAACUGUAUUUUUGAAAUUGUUAAUGAAACACUGUUCAAUGUGAAUCAGGAAUUAAAAUGUCAAAUUCAAAUCCA